AUGGGUGCUUUUCUGAUGCUAAUUGACGCCAUACUUCUUUUCUUCUUCCUCCUAAUGGCGACGGCGCCGAUCGUCGACGCGCAGUUAGUUCUGCCUCUGAGCCUCUUUCCGGAGUGGAUGGUGGAGUACAAGAAUUGGUACGUCGGCGGGUUCAACGACUAUUGCUAUGUGGAGAAGCCUCAUUUCUUUGUUGGUCUCAUUUUGGUUGAGCUUGUAUUCCAAUGGCCCCUUGCCCUUGCUAACUUGUACGGAAUGCUGGCCGGAAAGUCGUGGUACAACACCACUUGCUUGGACUUGGCCUAUGGCGCCUCUAUGUUCACCACCAUGGUCACAGCAUUGACAGAGCUCAUAGGUUCUGGCAAGGCAUCGGAUAAGUUGUUGCUAUUGAACUACCCCUUUUUGGGGUUCAGUCUCUUGGCCAUGCUUCGUGGGCUGCUCCGCCCAUCAACAACGACUACUUCAAGCAAAGGUCACAAAGAGAAAAGGAUUUAG